GGAGAAUCAUGAGAGAUGAUGUACUGGAAAAAGUGUUUUAAGUUCUGCCCACAUUAGUUGCUAUAAGGGCUCUUCACACAUUCAUAUGCUCCAAAAACGUCUAGUUCACGCCCUGUGGUCCACAAAGGAGCCUCAUGCCACCUACACCAGGGACCUGCUCUGAGGGGCCAAGGAGUGUCAGCGGGGGCUGGGGACAACAUGUGUACUUGGAGGCAGGGGUGGGAUCCCUGCUAGAUUGUUGCCUCCUUGUCCAGCCCCCAGCAGCUCCCUGGUGGAAGAGCCUCAGACCAGGAAGCAGGAGGUGUCCGGUGCCAGGCCAGCCUCGGAAAGGAGCCUCUUCUGACUGCAGCAGCUUCAUCUGCCAGGGCGGCAUCUCAGCCAGCAGCGGCGGGCUCCCAGGGCUGACUGCAGCGACCAGCAGGCUGUGCUGUCAGGAUGUGGGCUUUGGUUUCUGUUUCUGUUUUGUCUCGUGCUUGUUGAUGUGGCCUGCUUAGUUCCCCUGGGAAGGGGAAGUGCCGGUGGGUGGGAUUGAACUCCCAGGCACAGGUCAUGGUGGUACUGGGGGUAGAGGGGGUAUCGGACAUGCCCCAUGAAAGCCCUUUCCUUGAGGGACACAUGGAAGCCAUCCAUCCACUAGCCGAGGAUCAGCUGAGCCCUGGGGCUGAUGCUUGCCCACACUGCUGAGAAUGGCACGGAGGCCCAGCCAGGCAGCAGGAGAAAGGUUAACCUGGGACACUCCUGGACAGUGAUCCUGAUGUCUGUUCUGAGUUGUGCACUCAAGGGUGUGAUAACCAGCCCCACUCGGCGCCAUGGCAUCUGCCGAGCCCCUGACGGCGCUGUCCCGCUGGUACCUGUAUGCCAUCCACGGCUACUUCUGCGAGGUGAUGUUCACGGCGGCCUGGGAGUUCGUGGUGAACUUUAACUGGAAGUUCCCUGGGGUUACGAGCGUGUGGGCUCUCUUCAUCUACGGCACCUCCAUCCUCAUCGUGGAGCGCAUGUACCUGCGCCUGCGCGGCCGCUGCCCACUGCUGGUGCGCUGCCUCAUCUACACGCUUUGGACCUACCUGUGGGAGUUCACCACCGGCUUCAUCCUGCGCCAGUUCAACGCCUGUCCCUGGGACUAUUCCCAGUUCGACUUUGACUUCAUGGGCCUCAUCACCCUGGAGUACGCCGUGCCCUGGUUCUGCGGGUCCCUCAUCAUGGAGCAGUUCAUCAUCCGCAACACCCUCCGCCUCCGCUUUGACAAGGACGCUGAGCCCGGGGAGCCCAGUGGCCCCCUGGCGAUGGCCAACGGCCACGUCAAGACAGACUGAAUGGGGCUGGUGGGUGGGGCCCGGGGCUCUCUCAUGGACCCCGUGGACAGAGGUACCAAGCUGGUGGGGUUACGUCUUCUGAACAGCACAAGCCCUGGCCCGGGUCUGGCCUCAGCCCCUUAGGGCACACACCCUCGCCGUCCACCGGGGGCGGGACCGGGGGCGGGGCCAGGUGUGGGGGGCGGGUGUCGAGGUAGCCCGGGGACUCUGGGAAGGGUCUGUGGAUCCCUGCCCAGCUCAGAGGCUGGCGGCCAGAGGCCUAUGGCUAAGCAGCGAUUUGACCACCUGGGUGACUUUGGAAGCAGCAGGCCCUGUCCUGGCUAAGGGACUCUGAGAAUGGGGCAGAAGAUGAGAAGCCUGAGGAGGCCUGAGGAGGCUCUGGGCUGCUGCGAGGCCUCCUCUCUCCUCUCACGUGGUUUAAGUUGGGCUUUGGCUGGUUCCAUUAGGCAAUAUUCAGGUGCUUGCUUGCAACCAAUACCUCCCCGGGGGCCUGCUGAGCUGCAGCCUAAGGACAGACUGGGCAGCCAGGAGGCUGCUUGGCAGUAGUGCUGGUCUGCCAGGGCUGGAGGCCUUCCCUUGGCUCCUCUCCCCUCCCCCAGGGCUCCAACGCUCCCUUGGCCUUCUGGGGACCCCCCCACCCUGGUGCUGGAUUCCCACCAACCUUGGGCUUUUGGAGGUUUCAAUCCCUGUGUGUUCGGUGGCGUUUCCCCCCUUUCUCUUUUAUUUUCAAGGCUUUUACCACUAGCAGCCCCUUUAUCCGUGUCUGUCAUCCCCACCGGCCCCCCUCCCCAACUCCCUGAUCAACACAGCAGCUGCCAGAGAUAGAACCCUGAGACAGACCCUGCCCACCCUGUUGCCGCCUUCCCUCCACUAUUUCUGCUGGCCUGAUGACUGGGAAGUUCCCCUUUUACACCUCCCC